CACAUUUAAACCUUCCAUCCAUAUUCUAUACCUAAAUUCUCAAAAAAUUCCUUUCAUUUUUCUCCGUUUCCACGUUUAUCCCCUCUCCCUCUUUCUCUCUAGGAUUCGGUACCAUUUUUCGUUUAACUUGUCAAACCCAAGUACCGUAAUCUACUGAACUCCCACUGCAAUGUCAACUCAAACACAUACAGUGUUUCCUCUUCUGUUUUUAGUCUUCAUCACCAUUACUACUGCAGCAGCAGCAGCAGCAGCAGCAGCAGCCAUUAGAACAAGUCAUGAACUUCCAACAUUCAGAGAAGCACCAGCUUUCAGAAACGGAGUUGGAUGUCCAAAAACAACAUGGGUUUCUUCAUCAAUUUCUAAAUCACUAAACCCAGAUUCAAUAAUUCAUAUAUCAAUGACUCUUGAUUCAACUUACCUUCGUGGAUCAAUAGCUGGUGUUCUCUCAGUUCUCCAACACGCUUCAUGUCCUGAAAACAUUGUUUUCCACUUUCUUGCUUCUCAUAACAGAAUAGAUCUUCAUAAAACAAUCUUAACUACUUUCCCUUACCUUAAAUUCAAUCUGUAUCAUUUUGAUACAAAUCUAGUACGAGGGAAAAUCUCAUCAUCAGUCCGCAGGGCAUUAGAUCAACCUUUAAAUUAUGCUAGAAUUUAUCUAGCUGAUUUACUACCAAACUCAGUAUCAAGAAUCAUAUAUUUCGAUUCAGAUUUAAUUGUUGUCGAUGAUGUUGAAAAACUAUGGAAAAUCGAUUUGGGUACUCAUGUUUUAGGCGCACCAGAAUACUGUCAUGCAAAUUUCACCCAUUACUUUACUGAAAAUUUCUGGUUAGACCCAAAUUUCUCAAAAAAAGCAUUCAAUGGAAGAAGAGGGGCACCAUGUUAUUUCAAUACAGGAGUAAUGGUGAUUGAUGUAUUGAGAUGGAAACAGGGGAAAUACACAGAGAAAUUAGAAGUGUGGAUGAAAAUGCAAAAGAGAUAUAGGAUUUAUGAGUUGGGUUCAUUACCACCAUUUUUGUUGGUUUUUGGUGGUGAUGUUAAAGGGGUUGAGCAUAGAUGGAAUCAACAUGGAUUAGGUGGUGAUAAUUUGCAAGGUUUAUGCAGAGAUUUACAUCCUGGUCCUGUUAGUUUACUUCAUUGGAGUGGGAAAGGAAAACCAUGGUUGAGGUUAGAUUCUAAUAAACCAUGUCCAUUGGAUAGUCUUUGGGCACCUUAUGAUCUUUAUCGUCAUCCUUCUUCUUCUUUGUUUGCUGAAAUUAUCUAAUUCGUUCAUGGAUUCUUUGAUUCAAGUCAUAUUUCUCAGAAGAGAUAUUUGGGAAAGGGCAAAUUGGUAAAUUGCGGAGAAGUGGACUAAUGAUUAUUAUCCAACGCUUGUGAAUGAUUAGGUUUAGGGUUCUAAUAUCGCUAGUGUUUACGCAAUUAAAGGGGCUCACGUUUGAUUUUUUUCAGUAUAUAAAUUAUUUUAUACUGCUAAGUUAUUUUUUUUAAUUUAAGUUUUUUUCAUAUUAUUUUUUGUAUAAUAUAAUGUGAUAUUCGGAGGGAAUCAAGGAACUAGUCUUGUUUACUUCUUUAUAUAUAUAUUAAAAAAAAAUCCAAAAAGAAUUCUUCA